AUGAGUAAAUCGAAAGAUGCUGGAGUCGUGGACGCCGUAGAGUUGUAUCUGAAUAGACAAAACAGACCUUACAGUGCUGUUGAUAUUUUCAAUAAUUUAAAAGAUUUUGGUAAAACUGCAGUGGUUAAAGCAUGCGAGUCACUUGUUGAAAACAGUCGAAUCACAGAAAAGGUUUAUGGAAAACAAAAAGUGUACGUUGCCGAUCAGUCUAAAUUUUCAGACGUUGAUGAAAAUGAGAUCAAGCAAAUGGACGCUCGAAUUGUAGAAUUAUCAGAAAAGGUGUCAACGAAGCUUGAACGAGUGAAAGCCUUAGAAUCAGAAGUGAAAGGAUUUAACAACGCCCUUUCAACCAAAGAUGCGAAAGCUCAGGUCGCCAAAUUAUCUGAAGAAUGCAAAAAAUGUUCAGAGAAACUCCAAAAACUUUCAGAAGGUCAAGUACUUAUUUCUACCGAAGAUAAAGAAAAGGUCUACAAAUGUCGUGAAAAGUAUGUGAAGGAAUGGCGAAAAAGAAAAAGAAUAUCGAAUGAAAUUGUCAACGCCAUUUUAGAAGGUUAUCCAAAAUCAAAGAAAGAACUUUUAGACACUAUUGGAAUUGAGACAGACGAAGAUAUUGGUGUUGUUGUCCCGAAUGUAUGA